AUGACGAUUUGUACUUAUAACGCACGUACGCUUGCACCAGAAGCGGCCAUAGAAGAUCUGAUGAUGCAAGCCAAGAAGAUUAAGUACGACGUCAUCGGACUGACCGAGACGAGACGACUUCACCCUCUCAACGCCGUAUGUGAAGCUGGAGAAGAACUGUUCUUAGGAGCAUGCGACAGUAGAGGUGUUGGUGGAGUUGGCGUCCUCGUCAACACGAGUAUGGCAAAGAACAUCGACUCUUUCGAACAACUUACGACCCGAAUUGGACAUCUGUGGAUGAGAAGAUGUGGUCCAACACCUGCUUUGACCAUCUUUGUCGCUUACGCUCCAACAUCAAGCUACGAAGAAGAAGAAGUCGAAGACUUUUUUAUGGACCUGAAGAAGUUCUACCGAGAAAAUCAUGCCGUCUACAAGGUCAUAAUUGACUGUUUCAACACCAAAAUUAGCCCAAGAAGAACGCCCGAGGAACUUCACUUCGGCACCCACAGCCCACAAUGGAAUGAACAGGGGGAGAGGCUCUCCAAGUUCAUCAUGACGACUAAGACCAUCUAUGGGAACUCACAAUUCCAGAAACCCUUCUCUCUACGCUGGAUGUGGGAGUCGGAGUGA